UGUAGGCAAACAAAUCAAGCACAAAACAAUACCAAAUGGAAAUUUCCCUUUGCUUUUCGAUUUCUAGUUGAUGACAAGUCUUAUUGCACGAUGGCAGCUGUUCUGAAGAAAAGAGCUCUUGCAGAGUAUUCUCAGGUUAUUGAGGAGCAGCCACGUCCAAUCAAACGACUUCGACUAGUCAGAAAACCAUCUUCAAGUAACUCGACUAUAUUGUAUGUUGGUCUGUUGGAGAGACAGAAAACAAGUAACGAAGCUCUUCAGGUCCUGCUGAGGAUCUCAGAUUCAUUACAAUUCCAGGAGGAUGAUUUCCUCGACAUAAUUAAAAAGCUGGUGGAGCACUUCAAACGUGAAAAAGAGUCUGCCGUGAGAGUGAAAAUAUUAUCACUUUUUGGUGACAUUGGGUGUGAAACUGGAGCAGAUAUCCAGCAUCUAUUAGAAGAAACACAGCAGUUACUCAAAGAAGAAACGUCUCAUAAAGUUAUUGUUCAAGGAGUUACAACACUUCUGCGCUUGGGAAAGCUGCUACCUGAUAAUGUUCAGAUUCACACAAAAUUAGUUUUAUCAGCUAAACAGUAUUUGAAAGACACAUCACAUGCAGUGAAAUCAAGGUGCUUAGAAUUGAUUGGUCAACUAUUACCUGUGGUUGAUACAGCACAAAGCGCAUUGGUGCAGAAUAUGCUAAGGCUUAUUGGAGACUACACUUACAGCCAAGAUGCUAGGGUACGGGCAGCAGCUUUUAAAACCAUGAUUAAUCUUCAUGAUCGUGGACUUAAGCUAGAUCCAUCCAUUUACACUGAAGUGUGCUCCUCACUUAAGGAUGAUUAUGAGAUAGUUCGUCUUGCUGCUCUAAGAUUAAUAUGUGUUUUAGGUAACACCUAUGCUGAAAAUAUCAUAGUGUUGCCUGAUUCUGAAGGAGAGCAGCUUCGUCUUGUUGAUGAUGCAUUCGCGAAAAUUUGCUGUUCAGUCACUGAUCUUUCUCUAAGAGUUCGGACAGUUGCUUGUCAACUUUUAGGAACAAUGCAUCAAGUGAGCCCCAAAUUUUUAGAGCAGACUUUGGACAAGAAACUUAUGUCAAAUAUGAGAUUAAAACGUUCAGCUCAUGAAAGAGCAUUAGAAUCCGUGAGGACCGGAGAAUGGUCCAGUGGCAAAAAAUGGGCUGAUGAUGCUCCCAGAGAAAAGAUUGACAAGGACUCAAUCAGUUUAGUUACAAGUGGCUCAUGUGGUGCAUUUGUUCAUGGUUUAGAGGAUGAAUUUUUAGAAGUACGCAGUGCUGCUGUGGAUGCAUUAUGUUUGUUAUCAUUGGAUAACCAUCGUUUUGCUGUUAUGUCUUUGGACUUUCUGGUUGAUAUGUUCAAUGAUGAAAUAGAAGAUGUGCGCAUUAAAGCCAUAGACAGCUUAACCCGUAUUAGCAAACACAUUAUUUUAAGAGAUGAUCAAUUAGAGACAAUAUUGUCUGCUCUUGAGGACUUUUCCAUGGAUGUGAGAGAGGGAUUACACAAAAUGUUAGCGGCAUGUAGAUUAUCAACCAGAAGUUGCCUUCAGAUGUGUGUUGAGGCCUUGCUGGAUAAUCUUAAAAAGUACCCUCAGGAUCGACGUUCUCUUUGGCGGUGUUUUCAACGAAUUGGAAGCGUCCAUCCUGAACUUACUCUUCCUCUUGUUCCGGAGCUCUUAAAUAUUCAUCCAUUCUUUGACAUGCCGGAGCAUGAUGUUGAAGAUCCAGCAUAUAUUUGUAUAUUAAUUUUGGUCUUUAAUGCUGCUCAGCAGAGCCCCACAAUGCUUCAGCUCUUUGAAGAAAACACUUUAAAACACUAUUCCUACCUCAGAGACACAAUGCCACAUCUAGUCCCUGUUUUGAAGCUAGGGAUUAAUGUGAGAGCUCAGGAACUUGCUAGUGUUGAAACAAGUACAUCUGAAUUUAUUCAACAAAUUUGUAGCCAACUUGCUGCUGCACCCAAAGCUACUCUAAGAUCUGAACUUAUGGAGGCAGCUCAGAAGGAUCUUAGUAGGCUUGCUGCUAUUGAUUCUGCUGUGUCUGGAGCAGCUGAAUUCACUGCACUGUUCAUUGGAUCACAACUUUUGAUGGAGCAGGUGCUUUCAAAUCGUCUUUGGUCAAACCCAGCAUCUCUUGCUACUCAACAGGGGAACAUCAUUCGCACAUCAAUAACAACCUUGCUUCAAAAUUGUCUGAAGUUACAACAUAUGUUCAUGGGGUUACGUUCUACAGAACUAGCAGCUGUUAAACAAUUCAAAUUGAAAGCUCUUGCUCUGCAGUUAGUCUAUAUUGUUACUGGAAGUAAUUCCUCUGCUUUGUCCCUAUGUGACCACUUCCUUUUGCAAGUUGAAGAAACUCAAAAAUAUCUUUCUGAUGAAAGUGUGAAUGUUGAACUGUUUACAAGUCAAUUAUUUAAGGAAAUGGUUCAGCUAGAGGAAACUAAACCAGGACCUGUUGCUCGUAGUGUGCUAAAACUUCUUCAAACAUCAAAUUUAGCUCUACCACCUCACCCAAAUAUAUCUGUUCGUAUGCUUUCUGCUGACAUCAAUGAGCCGCAGGGUGAUGCUGAUAACGCAUACAAAUUUACUGCUGGGAUGGUCAUAGGUAUUCCAUUGGAUGCUGACAUACGCAACCUACGUGACACAUCGAUCCUGCGAGUAAAACUUAAAUAUCCAGAUCAACAGACUGUACUUAUCAUUCCAAGAGCUUCAGAUCUUCGGCGAAUGGAUGGAGAUGAUGCCCUAGAUUCCUCAAGUCAAGAGCAAUGUCCCUGUUAUCGCCUUUUGACAACAGUUCUAGUUUCACAUCAAGUGUGGUCUGAAGCUAUGCAUGUUGACAUUAGCCUUGCUUUAGAUGUAACAGAAGCUGAAGGGGGCUUGGGUAUAUCCUCUACUGCAAGGAGAGCUGCUGCUCAGACUCAAGGAGAUCCAUGUGUGAUUGAUAUUUGUAAACCAGUUAAAGUUUUUGUCUCCCCAAGACCAAUUAAAAGAGGAAUAUAGCUUCCUAAACUAAAUUAUUUUCCAAAUAAUUAUUUUUUAAAAUUAUAACAGAGCUGCAUGAUUUUGUUAUCCAACACAUUACUAAUCUGAUAGAUAUAUCACAUACAGUGGUAUUCUUUUUGAUGAUUUGUCAACCACUGUUAAAAAAGUAAAUUCUUCUAGUCUUUCAUUGAAUCACACAAUGACCUACCGUAUGUACUUUUCUUCCUUUUCAAAUCACCAAGUGUCAUUCAGGUGCCAUUGACAUGAAAUGCAGGCAAUGAGCAUACCAUGCAAUAAAGAUUUUAAAAAUGUC